AUGCCCCGGCGUGCCGCCAAUCAGACGCUGCCAGCAGCGGUAAGUUCUCUGCUGCGGCAUGUCCAGGAGCAGGCACUCCACACUGACUGUGAGAAGCUUGCGGCGAGACUGAUCCGGCUGCUGCACUGCGUCUGUCCGCGCAUCACGGACGGGGACUCACCGAAAGUGUUGGAAAUUGACCUCAACGUGGUCCGGCCUCUUUGUGCUGAUGGCAUACCCGACGAGGCCCCGGCACUUCGAGCGGCACUCUGGAAGCUGCUUUUGGGAUACCUGCCCUGCGAUGCCUUCCGCUGGGACAUGGCUCUGGCCUCCGCUAGAGCAGACUAUGCCACCUUCCUCCAGGAGCUCCUCUCCGAGCUCCCCCAAGAUCUUCUCGAAGAGCGAAGGGCCAAGGACGGACCCCCCGGCUGGCCCGACGACGAGGACCACGUGGUCCCGCUUGCCGAGGUGCUCGAGCAGAUACGGAAGGAUGUCAUGCGCACCAGGCCCGAGAUGGAUUUCUUUUGCCGCACGCUGCCCACCGGCUCUGAGUCCUUGGGCAAAGACACAGUCGAGGACGGCCGCCAACGCUUCGACCCUUCCGAAGUCACGCUGGCCGUCACGAGCCGGGAUCCAGAGUGCAUCGACGUCGAGAGUCCCAAGAGCCACUACGAUGUCGUGGCGCGGAUCUUGCUGCUUUAUGCCAAACUGAACCGCGGAGUUCGGUAUGUACAGGGCAUGAACGAACUGUGUGCACCGCUGUACUACUUGUUCGCGCAAGAUCCUUUGAACUAUCAGCAUGCAGAGGCAGACACAUUCUUCUGCUUCAGCCUGCUGAUGUCAGACAUGCGCGACACUUUCGUCAAGACCAUGGACAAUGAGGAGGGGGGCAUGAUGGGUCGCAUUGACCAGUUUAACGAACUGCUCAAGGAGAAGGACCUAGAGGUCUGGAACCACCUCGAAGAUCUGCGAGUGUCUCCCGUGUACUACACAGUUCCGUGGCUGACACUGAUGCUCACCCAGGAGCUUGACAUGGCAGAUGUACUUCGACUGUGGGACUCCUUACUCAGCGAUUUGGCCCGGCCUCACCCGCUUCUGUGUUACCUCUGCGUCGCCAUGGUCAUCGGUAUCCGAGAGGUGCUACUGGCUGGCGACUUCACAGACUGCAUGCGCAUGCUCCAGCAUUAUCCCCCGGUGCCUGUCGACGAGCUGCUGCAGGGAGCACUCAGGCAUCCGCCGAUUCUGGCAAGAGGAGCUUGCCAGGCUGGUGGCCAUGGUGAGAGCCGAGAGACCCCUGCGGCGGUGAGCUAUGCCCAGGCGAGGUCUUACUUGGAUGACCACAACAUCCUCAACUUCGUGGAGCGGGUGCUCCGGACCUUGGUGCAGGAGCUGGCGGAGCUGGGAUCGUGGGCGCAUGUGAAGGCCGCAGCUGCAGGUGGAGCCCUGCCGGAGUCCAUCAAGCCCGAAGGGCCGUUAGACAAGCUCGAGGAGGAGAAGGAGGAGGUCAAGGAGCCCGAGUGGAACAUGAUGCCUUCUGUGGGCACGUGGUACAUGAUCCCGACACCCGUGAUCAAACCUCAGGCGGCUCGACUGGUUUUCAUGUCAAUGUGCGUAGAAAGUGCAACAUACUUGUUGGAAAGUGCGUGUGCAGCUCUGCAACUGAUCUCGGGCUGCUUUGGUUGGCAGGGCAGCCUCGUGCCUGAAGCGGAGUCUCAGGAGAGGUCUCUGCGUUCCCUGCAGGGUGCUACUGAGGAUCGUUGCCUGAAGCAAAAGCUUGCCCCCACGAAUCAGGAAGAGCCACUGCUUUCCACUCGAGGGGAAGAGGCGGUUGCCGCCGAAGCUCCAUUUGCUUUUGACAUGCUCGCCCGGCUCUUCCAGGUUGAGCACGAAAGAGCGGUGGCAGGGCAAUUUGUGGAAGAUCUUGUUGCUGCCGCGGGGCCCAAGCGUCAUGGGCAUUCUCAAGUGCCGCAGGCAAGCACAUCACCGGCCAAAGCGAUGUCACAAGGCACCUCGCCGAUGGUCAGUGCUGCUGGCACAGAGGUAGACACCAGGCAUCCCGCACGGGAGCUGGCAAAGAAAGCAGCUUGCCAGCCUGCAGCCGCAUUUUCCAUCCAGCCGUGGGAAUUUUUAGCGUCGGUUGGAACCUGGUAUGCGCCACUGCGACAGUCUCCGAGCGCAGAGGGGCCCAAGGCCGACGCAGCGCAGGCAGAGGUCCAGCAAGCGGUGGUUGCCGCGACUUUCGAGGACAUCGACACCAACAAAGACGGCGUGGUGUCGAAAGAGGAGUUCGCGAAUUUCGUCGCCAGAGCGGCUGAGGCAAGUGUUGUGGCUCCAGCGCUGGACUGCGAUUGGCGGCAACGACCCUCCGUCGGCACCUGGUACAUGCCGCUGGACGAGCUGCCUUCACCUGCGCUUCCAACAAAGGUGCUGACCACAUCUACAUCCAGCACCCAGAAGGCCUUGGAGGUCACGGUCGCGGCUGCGGCUCCUCCCCGGCCAAUGAAGGGCAGCGGAAUCAGCUCCAGCACCGUGGUAGCUUUUGCGCUGCCCGCCUUGGACUUUGAGGAGCUCGCGGCCUUGGAGCAGAGCGGCCUCUUGCUCGAGGAGGUGCGGGAGGCGACCAGGGCUCAGUUCGGAACCAUCCGCGGUGGGGAGCCCCAGAGCCGCGUGCAGCGCCGUGUGCAGCGCGCACACGCGAGCAGCAUCGAGCGGCCGCGGCGCUUUUUUUCUCCCGUCGUGAGAGGUUCGCUGCGCAUCGAGCUGGGUGGGGCGGCGGAAGCCCGGCGCCCGGAGGGCGUGGAGGUGAGGAUGACCAUCAAGAACGCGUCCUCCGGUGAAGCCAAGGCCCACACUGCCACUGCCUCAAUGCUCGGCCACCCCUUUGUCCUAGCACCAGAGGCUCUCAAGGCCGAGAUUCUUGGAGCGGAGGAGAACUUCUUGGCCGAGGCCACCUCUAAGGUUCCAGGGAUUCUAGGCUUGGUGGGAAAGGUGCAGCAGAGGCUGGCGGCAGCACAGAUUGGGCCGAGAGGUGUGCCUCAGCGGGCGACCGACCUUCAGGUAAUGGUGCGCCACACUGCCUCCUUCGAGGAAAGGGAAGGGCCAGUGGACGGGCAUGCCACCGCAUCCACCAUGGUGCCCGCAACGACUAUGUAUGCCACUGGCACCACAGGCAACGGCUUCAGCUCUGCCAUGCCCACCGAAUCGCAGUGGGCGACCUUCGACAGCACUCACCCGGAGCUUCCAAAGGACGAGGCCCAACAGACGGCGGUUGCCGCGACUUUCGAGGCCAUCGACACCAACAAAGACGGCGUCAUGUCAAAGGAGGAGUUCGAGAAUUUCGUCGCCAGAGCGGCUGAGGCGCCAGAGCCUGGCCCGCCGGCAGAGGAGACGGCACCUGUGAGUCCAAUCUCGUCUGACGAGUUAAUUCCCAAGCUCUUGCUGGAUCCGUAUGCUAUGGAUGAUGGUUUCGGCACUAGCCCUAUCCAGAGUGCCGUGUCUGAUGCGCGACUUUGCAAGGAGCGAGAAGCUGCCGUGGCCGCAGCCAAGCGCCGAGCAGCCAAGGCCGCAGCCACGCAGAUUACGGACUUCAUCGUGGAUCCAUACGCGCUGGAGGAUGGCAGCGGCACUAGUCCCAUGCAGAGCGCAGUGUCCGAGUCACGCCUUGCAGAAGAGCGUGAGCAGGCGCUGAUCGCCACCAUCAGGCGGUCAGUCGAGGAGGAGUUUACCAAGGCAGACACGAACAACGAUGGUGUGGUCUCAGCAGAGGAGUUCGCGGCCUGGGCCCAUCCCCACACCUCCUCGGAGGCGCAGCCUGCAGAGGUUGCAGCUUCCUUUGAGGCCAUCGACAGCAACCACGAUGGUGUCCUGUCGAAGGAGGAGUUUGAGAACCACUUCGUCACAGAGGCCUUCCUGCAAGUAGAGUUGGCCAAUGUCAUGCAGGCCGCGACCAGAGGAGCCGCGAGCCGCGCAACGAGCUCUCUAGCAGGCAGCGCCGCAGAACAGGGCUCGGAUGGCAGCAUGACAGUCGCGGAGCAGCUUGCAGCCGCUGCUGUUGCAGCGGUUGACGCGGCUGUUGCCGUGCCGCCAUCAACGGCGGCUGCAACCGAGGUCUCAGAGGACGACGCAUUCGCACUUCCACCGCUGGUUGUUAGUUUCGCAGAGAUGGGGGCGACGCCAACAGUGGUCUCGAUCGAAUCAGCUGGUGAUCGCGAUGCUGUCGUGCCUGUCGCCGAGGUGGCUAAAGCUGCUGAGAUUGGGGCCAAUGCACCAACAGUGGUCUCCAUCGAAUCAGCUGGUGAAGGCGACGCUGUGGUGCCCGUCGCCGAGGUGGCUAAAGCCGCUGAGACUGGGGCAAAUGCCCCAACUGUGGUCUCCAUAGAAUCCUCUGGUGAGCGCGAGGCCGUCGCGCACGUCGUGGAGGUGGCUAGAGCGGCAGAGAUGGGGGCAACCCCGACGGUGGUCUCCAUCGAAUCUGCGGGCGACCGCGGUAUGGCGCCCGUGGUCGAGGUCCACACUCCCUCGGCAUCGUCCGGGCCGGGUGAUGCACAGGAACUUGGGGCUGAGAUCGCCGCAAAAGACUUGGUGCUGGACAUUACCGCCGACAAGGAUCGGGGUGCCCACAGAUUACUUCUCCAGUCAUCAUGCCCGCCCUCUUCUGCCGGCGGCUGCAACAAGGCAUAA